CUGGGCAAUACAACUGGAUGUCAAACAGAAAAGAGAAAAUCCAGAUCCGGGGGGUGUCCCCUUUUUAUGUUACAUUUGCAGCCCCUACGAGAAAAAUGGAGAUGAAAAAAAAAAAAAGAAAAAAGAAAAAACCACUCCGUAAUAGUAACCCGACCUGAGGAGAAAAAGCCCACCCCAUGAGGUGGAGAAAGCCGAGUGCAGAGCCAGUGUCGAGCCGACAGGCACGGGGAAAGACCAGACAUUGCCCACAUCUUCUCCGUCGGCGUGUGCCACAGCGAAUCCGGACGACGGAGAGGGGCCGGCCGAAACCGACGAGAAGGGCCAGUCAGGAGGGCCGGAAUGCUGGGGGAACGGCCGGGUUGACCAGAGAAAAGGAGGGACUCCGUCGCAGUUCGGGAUCCACGGCAGGCUCGGAGAGGCUCCUGGUUCGUCACGGUGGCCAACACCGUCGGGACGUGGUCUGGAAACUAGACGAGGGUCAGUUGUGGUUCAGCGAAUCGCCAUGCAUCGAUGUCAUUGGCAUCUACAUCGGCCGGCGGGAUCACCGCAGAUAUUUGGGAGACGCAGAAUCGGCUCCGAAACCGACGAGGCAGAUGAAGCCGUGGGCGAACGUAGCCACAUUCCUGGGCGCAAGCGUCGGCAUGCCUAGGCUGAAGCCGACUUGGCUGCGAGCGGCGAGAUGAAAGGAGAAGGAAAGGCGAGAGUGAAGGAAUGGAGGGUCACGAGAUUAGUGGAGGACUAGGCCCAAAGAGGCUAGGGCCCACCCACAACUCCAGAGUUUCGGCAAGUCGCCUGGAGGCCA